CAUAACCUCACUACUUUUGUAAAUUUGUUGGUCCAAGAGAAUCGUAUUUUGGUCUGUUAUUUUUAAGUACCGACUUACAUUUUCCAUUUUCUUCUUCUUCAAUUACAGAAAUUAUUGUACAUUGUUUAAAGAUGUAACCUAUUACAAAUUUCAAAAAGGGGGCAAAUUAUCAGGAUGCGGCAACGAAUUACUCCAAAAGACUUUCUAAAAAAGAACUGGCUUCUAGUUGCAAUACUAGCUUGCAUAUGUCUAGCUGGAGUAUAUCCAAAAUUAGGGUCCAAAGAAGGUCCAUUAAAAACGGAAUUUUCUGUUAAAUAUGGCGCAGUAUCGCUUAUGUUCCUAAUAAGUGGAUUCUCAUUGAAAACCGACAGUAUUAUCCACACAUUCAGGCAAUAUAAACUGCAUUUAUUUAUACAACUUUUUACUUUUGUGCUUAUUCCAAUUUACGCACAAUGUUUUAUCAAGUUUUUGACUAUGUUCGGUAUUAAUGGAUGGGUACUUAAAGGCAUCGUAACUGUUGCAUGUAUGCCUCCCCCAGUUAGUAGUGCAGUUAUUUUAACCCGAGCAGCGCAAGGAAACGAAACUGCAGCAAUUUUUAAUUCAGUUAUAGGUAGCUUUUUGGGCAUUAUCAUAACACCUUUGUCUUUAUUAUUAAAUUUGGGAUCUACUACAAUUGUACCUCUUUUCUCUACAGUUAUGCAAUUAACUAGUACAGUACUACUUCCUCUAGCUCUGGGUCAAGCGAUUAAAACUUUGACAUCAUUUCGGGGGCAUCAGAUUCCAUUAAAUACAAUUAGCCAAUGCGCUUUGCUUUUUGUGAUAUACACCACAUUUUGUGAUACAUUUCUGGUACCAGAAACUGGGUUAUCAGCUUUGGAUGUUAUUUUCACUAUUUUUUCAGUAUUACUAUUACAAAUUGCUCUUAUAAUAUUAAGCUUCAAGAUAUCAAGUUCAAUGAAAAAAUCAUUCACACCUGCAGACGUAAUUGCUAUAGUAUUUUGUUCAACUCACAAAUCUCUUACCUUAGGUAAAUUUACUUUUCUAAUAAAGGUUGUAUCAAAACUUAAUAUUUUUUUUUUAUUUUCAGGCAUUCCAAUUUUAAAAAUUAUGUUUCAUGGAUAUUCCCAUUUAAGUCAAAUUAGUUUACCCUUAUUGGUAUAUCAUCCUACUCAAAUUAUUUUAGGUGGACUUAUGGUAUCUCAGCUUAAAGAUUGGUUACAUUCCCAAAGAAGGAGAAAGCUACCAGUGUAAUAAUUAUUAUUAUUCUGUGAUACCUGUGGGUAAUACUUCAAUACCAUUGAUGUUUUUCAUACUUAUACAAUUUUAGAAUUAAAAAUAAAAAAAUUUUAAUAAAAAGGUUUUCAUGCAAUGUUUCAUCCUUUAUCCCAAUAAUUUAUAAAUAAUUUUUAAGGAAAAAAAUUUAUACACAAGAAUUAUGAACAAGUUUCACACACAUUCAUUCUUGAUUAAUUUAUCAGCUAAUUACCCAUACACAUUCAUUCAUAAUUUUAAAGGCAUGUUUGGCCAGUAAAUAGGGCACUCAUCCUCAAGUAAUUUUUGAUAGUUCAAUUCGAGAGCUGUCUCCAUGCCCAUGACUUUAGCAGCCCUAUCACCAUAUAUUUUCUCCAUUUCUCGUAAUCUAUGUUUGCCUGGGGGUACAUUUGGAACUACUUUUACUUUGUCAGCCUUUUUUUCUGAUUCAAUUGAAGUACUCGAGCUGUUAUGUUCAUUUGCAAUAGUUCUUCCAUCAUUUUCUGGAGGAACUUCUUGCCACUCUUUGUUUUGGUCGUAAUAUUCAAUUUGCUGAGCAUAGACAUUCCUAAGAUGAUCCUUUAGCAUUUUGUUUUCCAGUUCUAAGCAAAUAGCACGAGAUUUCCAGUAGGCAACCUGAUCCUGUAGAAAAAACAACAUAGAAUUUUGGAAGACUUUUUGAGAUACUAUACCUUAUUGUGCCACUGUAUAACUUCUUGAGGUAAUUCAUUCAAGCUACAUAUUGGCGUGUCGACUACACUAAAUUCUUGUAAGCUGUUGCAAAGCUCAAGUGUCCCCCUUGAAUACCUUUCUUUUCUUAGCAUUUUGAAAUAAGCUUUUUUACUUCUCUUCCUUCUGUUUCUCCUAUUGAUUGUUCUGGAAUUUUUACUGUAUUUCUUUAAUUUAGUUUUUUUGUUACUACAUGUGCUUUCAUGGGACUUUUUAAAUUUUUCCAUUGUUUUGAGUAACACACAUGUUUAGAAAUAGGAUAAAAACAAAAUUCAAUCAAAAAAGGGAUUUUAGGGAAACACUGAUCCGAUCCAA